CCGCGGCCGGGACGCGCCCAGGGACCAUGCCGGGCAACGGCAGCGCGCUGCCCAACGCCUCGCAGCCCGGGCCCGGCGGAGACGGCGCGCGGCCGCAGCCCUCGUGGCUGGCAUCCGCGCUGGCCUGCGUCCUCAUCUUCACCAUCGUGGUGGACGUCCUGGGCAACCUGCUGGUCAUCCUGUCGGUGUAUCGGAACAAGAAGCUCAGGAACGCAGGAAACAUCUUUGUGGUGAGCUUAGCGGUGGCAGACCUGGUGGUGGCUGUUUAUCCGUACCCGUUGGUGCUGACAUCGAUAUUUAACAACGGGUGGAACCUGGGGUAUCUGCACUGCCAAAUCAGUGGGUUCCUGAUGGGCCUGAGUGUCAUCGGCUCGAUAUUCAACAUCACCGGCAUUGCCAUCAACCGCUACUGCUACAUCUGCCACAGUCUCAAGUACGAUAAACUGUACAGCAGCAAGAACUCCUUCUGCUACGUGCUCCUCAUAUGGCUCCUGACGCUGGUGGCUGUCCUGCCCAACCUCCGUGCCGGGACUCUCCAGUACGACCCGAGGAUCUACUCGUGCACCUUCGCACAGUCCGUCAGCUCUGCCUACACCAUCGCCGUGGUGGUUUUCCACUUCCUCGUCCCCAUGAUCAUUGUCAUCUUUUGUUACCUGAGAAUAUGGAUCCUGGUUCUCCAGGUCAGACAGAGGGUGAAACCUGACCGCAAACCCAGGCUGAAACCACAGGACUUCAGGAAUUUUGUCACCAUGUUUGUGGUUUUUGUCCUUUUUGCCAUUUGCUGGGCCCCUCUGAACUUCAUUGGCCUGGCCGUGGCCUCUGACCCCGCCAGCAUGGUGCCUAGGAUCCCAGAGUGGCUGUUUGUGGCGAGUUACUACAUGGCCUAUUUCAACAGCUGCCUCAAUGCCAUUAUAUAUGGGCUACUGAACCAAAAUUUCAGGAAGGAGUACAGAAGAAUUAUAGUCUCGCUCUGUACAGCCAGGAUGCUCUUUGUGGAUAGCUCUAACGACGUGGCCGAUAGGGUUAAAUGCAAGCCGUCUCCACUGACGACCAAAAAUAAUCUAGUAAAGGUGGACUCCGUUUAAACGGCACCACAUUCCCCGCCAGAUGCACACGCUACUCAAGGCCUCGCUCCUUUCCUGUUGCUUUCCUGUUGACAGAUGUCUAGAAAAGCCGGGUGGUGGAGGAACCUUCCAGCUUUACCCAGUUGCUGCCAUAGUUUCUGAACUAAUGUACUGUCAGCUUUGUAAACACCUCCAAUUCUACCAGUCAAGAGAAGUACAGAAUGUAUAGAGAGUUACAUGUUAACUGAGGAAUGUGGUUCAGGGCUGGGGUGAGAGUGAGCUGCUGACUGCAUUCAGGGGAAGGAGUGUGCAAACUUUUAUUGUCAAU